AUAUCCAAUAUCUUAUCAAAACGAUGUCGUUGAACAGGAGCAAUACAACCCAUAAAUGAGUGAAAUUCCUAGACGCGGCCGUUUGGCUUACAAUUAAUGUUUGGCGAGCCAAUUAUUCCCCAGUGGAGGGAAAAGAAAGGAGAAAGGAGAAGGAAACAUGCCGGUGGCAAGACCCGAAUCAUCGGAUUCCAGAAUCAUCGCUCAUAUUGACAUGGAUUGCUUCUACGUUCAAGUGGAACAGCGGAAGCAGCCACAUUUAAGGGGUUUGCCUACUGCUGUUGUGCAGUACAAUGAGUGGAAAGGUGGAGCCUUAAUUGCUGUUAGCUAUGAAGCUCGAAAUUUUGGAGUGAAGCGUUCCAUGCGAGGAGAUGAAGCAAAGCAAGUAUGCCCUCAAAUUCAGCUGGUCCAAGUCCCUGUAGCACGUGGUAAAGCUGACUUGAAUGCUUACCGCAAUGCUGGUUCUGAGGUGGUUUCCAUUCUUGCGAGGAAGGGUCGAUGUGAGAGAGCUUCCAUUGAUGAAGUUUAUCUUGAUCUGACUGAGUCUGCAGAAGCUAUGCUGAAAGAAAGUCCACCGCAUAGCUUGGAAGCAAUAGAUGAGGAAGCUCUCAAAUCACAUGUUUUGGGGCUUAAGAAUGAGAAUGGGAAUAAUGUGAAAGAAAAUGUGAGGGAGUGGCUAUGUAGGAGUGAUACUGAUCACCGUGAUAAGUUAUUAGCUUGUGGAGCCCUCAUAGUUGCAGAACUUAGAAUGCAAGUAUUGAAGGAGACUGAAUUUACAUGUUCUGCUGGCAUUGCUCAUAAUAAGAUGUUGGCCAAACUUACAAGUGGUAUGAACAAACCUGCACAACAAACUGUUGUGCCCUUCUCAUCUGUGAAAGAAUUGCUUGAUUCAUUGCCAAUCAAGAAAAUGAAACAGCUUGGAGGGAAACUGGGGACUUCCUUACAAAAUGACCUGGGUGUAAACACUGUUGGAGACCUGCUGCAGUUUUCAGAGGAGAAGCUACAAGAUAGUUAUGGCAUAAAUACAGGUACCUGGUUGUGGAACAUUGCUAGAGGGAUCAAUGGGGAAGAAGUUCAGGGACGCCUUCUUCCAAAGAGUCAUGGUUCUGGCAAGUCAUUCCCAGGCCCUCGGGCUUUAAAGACAAUUGUUUCAGUCCAACACUGGCUCAAUCAACUUGGUGAGGAGCUCAGUGAACGUCUAUGCUCUGACUUGGAGCAAAACAGGCGGAUGGCCCACACCCUUACCUUGCAUGCAAGUGCAUACAAGUCAAGUGACUCAGAUUCACAUAAAAAGUUCCCUUCCAAGUCUUGCCCUUUGAGGUACGGGACUGCCAAGAUUCAAGAAGAUGCAUUCAACCUGUUUCAAGCUGGAUUACGCGAGUAUUUGGGCUCAUGUGGGGUAAAAAUUCAGGGAACUAAUCACAAAGGAUGGGGAAUAACAGCUCUUUCUAUUUCAGCAAGUAAAAUUGUUGCUGUACCUUCUGGAACAUGUUCAAUCAUGAAAUAUUUUCAAGGCUACUAUCCAUCCCACUCAUCUCCAAAGCAAACUCCAGAUAACUUCACCCAAGAAUCUGUACCACUGUCAUCAUCAGAAAAUAGAGAAGGCUUCAUGCUAGACACUGAAGGCUAUUCAGAAUUGAAAUCAGCUGAGCCACAAAUUGAGCGAAGUUUCCCUUGUUUGGAUCAACAAGGACAGAAAAGCUGUGAAUGGAGAGAUCAGGAUUCAUUUUGCUCUUUGCCUAAGCAAGCAAAAGAUGGCUUUGCCCUAGAAACUUCACAUCCCUCAGGUGGUGAAAGUGGUUCAGCAGUAAAGCAAAGCAACUCACAAUUAUGUUUCUUUAGGGAUGAUGCUAGGAUUACUUUGCCUAAACUAGAAGAACAGGAACAUAAAAGAAAUGCUUUGAAAGACAAGCAGGGGACAAUCUUCAAGUUUUUCAAGAACAGUAAUUGCUCUAGCUCUAAACCAAAACUGGAGAAUGGCGGCAUGAUUCAAGAGUUGAAUUUAGAUUUAGAAGCAAACCAAGUUGAGCUGCCAAAGGAGAGGCCUCCUGCAGAGUGCACGACAAAUUCAGGUCAGAAUGUACAGAGGGAAGCAUGGGAUUACAAGAUUGAUGAGAUUGACCCAUCAGUGAUUGAUGAGUUGCCACAAGAAAUCCAAGCUGAAGUUCGGUCUUGGUUUCGGCCUCUCAAGCGGCCUAAUACAGUUAAACGAAGUUCGACCAUAGCCCAUUAUUUCUCACCAGCUAAAGCACCAUAAGCAAUGAAUGAUAGAAUAACCUUGAUACCCUGUUAGGAAUUUCAUCCAACUUAGCUGAUGAGGAUUUUACUACUUGAUUUCAUGGAGUAGUGUGUAUGGGUAAAAGUGUUAUGUGUACCUUGUGUGAUUUAAUAUAUGCUAUAUACGUAAUUUUACCUCGACUUAUACAUAAAAAACAAGUUGGCUCUUUGAAGUAUUAAA